GGUAUUUUCUACCAUCUUCGGGUUCCUCAAUACAAUCUUCAUCUAUAUCAGAUUAUUUCUCAAUGAAUUCAAAUAAUGGAGGAAAUAUGCCCCAAAAUUAUCACAAUUAUUCGCCACAUCAUAAUCAAGCAAUGAAUAGUUUUUAUCAUCAUAAUUAUUCAACACAAAUACAUUCUGGCCAAAGUAAUAAUUAUACAACUAGUAAUUGUAGUAGUCCAUAUUUUGGUAAUUAUUAUAAUACUACCGCUGCUGCAGUCACAACACAAAGUAAUCAUCAAAUUAUGGAUAUGCCAUUGCAAUGUCCAAUCACAGAACCAACAAAUACUGUUUUAGGAUUACAGGAAUUAGGAUUAAAAUUAGAAAAGCGAAUAGAAGAAGCAGUUCCAGCCGGUCAGCAACUUCAGGAAUUAGGUAUGAGAUUUCGACCAGAUGAUGCUGGUUCAGAUCAGGAUGAUUUGUUCGAAGAAGAUCGCCUUAUGUUAGAUACUUCCCCUCACGAAGAAGAUUCUAUGAAUGACGAUGAUUUAGAAGAAACUGAUACAGAUGAUGAUGAAAAUGGUGCGUGUGAGACAUCAGACGGCGAACGUGUUAUAUAUCCAUGGAUGAAAAAAAUUCAUGUUGCUGGUGUUGCGAAUGGAUCAUUUCAGCCCGGUAUGGAACCAAAAAGACAAAGAACUGCCUACACUCGUCACCAAAUAUUAGAAUUGGAAAAAGAAUUUCACUACAAUCGUUAUUUAACUAGAAGAAGAAGAAUUGAAAUUGCACACACUUUGAUAUUGUCAGAACGUCAAAUUAAAAUUUGGUUUCAAAAUAGAAGAAUGAAAUGGAAAAAGGAUAAUAAAUUACCAAAUACGAAAAAUGUCAAAAAAAAGAAUCAAAAUUUAGAUAGUGCAAAAAGACCAAAAAAAGGUGUCACAACGAAAAAACAGAAUCAAGUGACAUCGGCGUCAAAUGAACGUCGAAUCGACAGUAAGGACUCUGAAGUUAUGCAAGCUAUGGAAAAUUCAAGUUCAUAUCUCGCAUCAACAGUAGAAAACGAUAAUAAUAAAAUUCAACCAAGAGAUCCAACGGAACAGCAAAUGCACCAAAAUCAAAAUUUAAAUAAUUUAAAUGAUAGAGUAGCACAACAGCAACAACAAUCGCAACAUUCACACGCACAACAAAGUUCAAAUAUUGGAAUUAUGUGUAAUCCUGAAAUUCAUAAUCAUGAUAUAAUAAAACAAGAUUAUGAUUUAACGUCCCUUUAG